AAGGGCGCGGCGAGCGAGGCGUGCCGCCGGCAGGCGGGGGCUGCCGAUUUCCCGGGGGACGCGGCGAGCUGUGGGCGGGGGCCGCGCGCCACGUCUGCGAGCGGCCACGGCCAACGGCUGGCGCGGGCGGCUCGCGAAGGCGGCGCGCGGCGGCCCCCGGCCCGGUGGCUGAGUGAGGGCGGCUGUGGAGAUGGCGAGCGGCGGCUCCGGCCCGGUGGCAGGUGCAUGUGACAGCAUUGCAGUGAUGAGUGGAAUUUUAAAGAGGAAGUUCGAAGAAGUUGAUAGCUCCUCACCUUGUUCCUGUGUGUGGGAAUCAGAUGAUGACAUUUCUAGCAGUGAAAGUGCUGACAGUGGAAGUAAUGUCCAUCCAUCCACUUCUAAUCAUUUUGCUCGUGCAUGUGACAGCAUUGCAGCAAUGAGUGGAAUUCUGAAGAGGAAGUUUGAAGAAGUUGAUGGCUCCUCACCUUGUUCCUCUGUGCGGGAGUCAGAUGAUGACAUUUCUAGCAGUGAAAGCGCUGACAGUGGUGAUAGUGUCAAUCCAUCCACUUCUAAUCAUUUUACCCCUUCUUCGAUCCUGAAGAGAGAGAAGCGGAAGAGAACAAAAAAUGUCCAUUUUAACUGCGUUACUGUGUAUUACUUCACGAGAAGACAAGGUUUCACCAGCGUUCCCAGCCAGGGGGGAAGCACACUGGGAAUGUCUACUCGCCACAACAGCGUGCGCCAGUACACGCUUGGAGAGUUUGCGAUGGAACAGGAGAGGCUUCACCGAGAGAUGUUAAGAGAGCAUCUAAGGGAGGAAAAACUCAAUUCUCUAAAAUUAAAGAUGACAAAGAAUGGUACAGUGGAAUCUGAAGAAGCGAAUACCCUGACACUGGAUGACAUUUCUGAUGAUGAUAUUGAUCUAGACAACACUGAAGUAGAUGAGUACUUCUUUCUACAACCCCUGCCGACAAAAAAGCGAAGGGCAUUGCUGCGAGCUUCUGGAGUGAAGAAGAUUGAUGUGGAAGAAAAACACGAGCUGCGGGCCAUCCGCCUGUCCAGAGAGGAUUGUGGCUGUGACUGCCGUGUGUUCUGUGAUCCAGAAACUUGCACUUGCAGUCUUGCAGGCAUAAAAUGUCAGGUGGAUCGUAUGUCUUUUCCAUGCGGUUGCACUAAAGAAGGGUGUAGCAAUACAGCAGGUAGAAUUGAAUUUAAUCCUAUCCGUGUACGGACUCACUUUUUGCACACAAUAAUGAAACUUGAAUUGGAGAAAAAUAGAGAGCAGCAAGUUCCAGCGCUAAAUGGCUGCCACAAUGAGAUAAGUGCACACACUAGUUCUAUGAGUCCAGGACCCCACCCGGUUGAAUAUUCAAUUGCAGAAAAUUUUGAGAUUGAAACAGAACCUCCGGCUGCAGUUAUGCAUUCUCAGGCAGCCGAGGACUUGGACUGCCCCGGGGAAGAGGAGGAAGAGGAAGAUGGGAGUAGCUUUUGUAGUGGAGCUACAGAUUCUAGCACACAGAGUUUAGCCCCUAGUGAAUCAGAUGAUGAUGAAGAGGAGGAGGAAGAUGAGGAGGAAGAUGAUGAGGAAGAAAAAGCAGAUGAUUUUGUAGAAAGCAUGGGCUCCCAUGCUGAUAUGGUGCCUCUUCCUUCUGUCCUUUGCUACUCUGAUGGAACUGCUGUGCAUGAAAACCACUCUAAAAAUGCCUCAUACUAUACUAACUCUUCAAAUCUGUAUUACCAAAUAGAGAACCAUGUUGCUGGCACUGCUAACCCGAUCGGUGAGACUUACUCAGAAAGGGACGCUGUCAAGAAUGGUAGUCUUUCUCUGGUGCCUUACAACAUGACUUCAGAACAGUUUGUUGACUACACACGGCAAUCAGAGGAAACUUUUAGCAGCCCUCAUUACCCUUCUGCAAAUCCCUCAGUGAUUGUUUGCUGCUCAUCGUCUGAAGGUGAUAGCACUGCUCCAUGUAACAGUUUAUACACUGAGCAUAGGCCAAGCCACCCUCCAGUGGAAUUUCACUCAUACUUGAAAGGUCCUUCUCAAGAUGGCUUUGUUUCAGCUUUGAAUGGCGACAGUCGUGUACAAGAGCACCCUGCUGAGAAUUCACUAAACCUCCCAGAAAAGAGCAGACUGCACGAAGAGUGCAUCAAAUCACCAGUGGUAGAAACGGUACCUGUUUAAUAUUAAAAUUAUUCUAGGACUGACUUCCUGUAUUAAAAUGCACUCACAUUGGAUUUCCUAGAAUCUUAAUUUUUUUUUAAGAGGUAGACAACACUUGGACUAUAGUCAAUGUUCCAGACACACUUUGUUUUCUCAAGUUACACUGGCAGUGGUAUUGCACAAAAACAGUUGAUGUAAAAAUUUAAAUAAAAAUAAUCAAAUUGUCUUUUGAUAAAAAUAAAAUGCGUAAGUAAAAAAACACGCCCAACAUAUUUCAAAGUAGCCUACCUAUCAAAGUAUGUGAAACCUGCCAAGCUAUCUGAAUCAAAGCUUCGUGUUUUUGAUUGUCGGGCCUGUGCAAGAUUGUUAAAAAUGAUACUUUGAAAUAAUCAUGUUUAGAGUCCUAAUUUUCAACAUAUCUGAAAAGAUGGUAAGUUUAAUGUAAAUGUAACUACUGUACAAAAAAAGUUUUAAUUGUUCCGUACUGUAUUUUAUUUAUGGUAGUUUAGUAUUCAUGUUUUGAUAAAAAUGAACAGCAUGUUCAUUUGAGCAGAAGAUCCAUAGCUAGUUACAAAGAGCAUGUCCAGUUUUCAUCUGGAGUACCAUGUAUUCUCCCCCCGCCUUUUUUUUUUUUUUUUUUUUUUUUUAAAAGACCAUUUCUGGUAAAUUAUCUAAAAAUGCAUUUCAAGAGUGUUUUAUUUUCUCAUUUACUGUUCUUGACAAACAGAAGAGUCAGAAAGGGGGCGUUUACACUUUCUAGAAAGGCAAAAGGUAGACAAUCCUCCAUUAAAAUUAAAAUCAGUGGCAUUAUUCCAGAACUAGUACCCCCUCCCCAAAGAAAAAUGAUCUUGUACAUAAUGGCAAAGCAGUAGCUUAAGCUUGCACAGCACCUUUUUAGCCCAACAAACACUCAGAUACUUAUGCACUUUAGUGCCAUUUUGCAGUACUGUAUUAACUGCGGGAACUGUGAAUUAUUUUGGAGAAAUGCCAUAGCUCCAGCCUCUGAGGUGUACGUCAGAUCUUAAAAUUCAUUGUAACAAAACCUGUAUGUUUUUCCCAAGCCAGCUUAUGAAUAUGCCAGUAGGUAAUUUAUAACAGCAGAGUCUUGCUGAUCAAAGUUUAAAUGAAGCAUGGGGAAAAAUGUGGAAGGGUCUAGAUUUCCUAAAUAUUUAGCAGUUUUUAUGAAAUAUGAGCCUGGCUUAUGUGGACUUCUGAUCAUACGUCAAAUUCACAAUGUCAUUUGGUCUAAUUAGGAAGCAGUAGAUUCAGUGAGGAACCAGCUACAGAAAUUUUAUAUCUGCUAAAGUUCAUAUCUGCAAGCAAAAUAGCAUGUGCAUCAUAUGGAUAUCUGUUACUUUGUACUCCAUUUGUUUUUAAAUGAAAUGGGAAUUAAAAUACUUGCGAUAUCUCAACCUUUAAUUUAUUAACCAGCCUUGCUUUCUUCUAGAAAAGGAGGUAUAGGAACCUGCUUUUCUUUAGACUGAUAAUUCUGUACUGCCUUAUUUUGAUUUCAAAAUGUGUUUUUUAACAUUUUUGUUCUUCUAAUACAGAAAUUAUAUUUAUUAUACAUCAAGUGGUUUGAAAUGUAGACCUGUCUUGUCAAAAUAAGGACCAGCAUCUUAGUUUUUAUCUGUGUCAAAUCUAGGUGGUUAACGGUAUGCAUGUAAACACAGUGUAAAUUUUAGCUCUGUAACAGUGACUCUUCUGGUUAGAAGCUCUUUAAAACAUCAUGUACAGUACUCCAGUAGAAAAACUGCCAGAUUUAAAAUAUGCUUUUUAAAAAACUAAGCUGACUUAAUUGUUUUUAUAUCAAAUCUGGGCAAAGUGAUUUCUCAAUUUUAUGCUAAAUUAGCAAAAUAUUUUUACUCCAUGUAGUAGCUGGAAAGGUUUUUUAUUUUCUUGUUUCCACAAGAAGUCCUACAUGUUUUGUAUGAACUGUAUUGAAAAGUCCUAGUUCUCUAGUGACUGGAUUCCACACCUGCAACAUAUUCCAUCUCCUGGGAAAGUGCAGUCAUGUUGGUUAUCUGGCGCAGCAGUUCCUUUGCCUCUAGAGUGACAGAACACUCUAGUCUCUUUCUCUAAAGGCCAAGUAGCCAGGUAAGCGCAUGUAUUUUCCAAUUUCAUAUAGCAAAUACCCAUCUUUAUUUUUAACAGAAACAUGUUAGUUCAUAAAAAAGUUCUGAAUCUAAGAAUAAUAUUACGCUGUUCAAGAUAUUCUGUGGGCAAAUGUAACAAGUCUCUUUGUAUAUAGGCAUCUUGCAUUAACAGCAGGCUUAAAUCUGGCACUCUCACUCAACACCAGCACCAAAAGCACAAAUCCCUUAUAUUUGAGCUGGGACAGUAGCUGUGAAUCAGUAGCAGCUUUUUAAUCUCAGAGCAUGUUGGCUACUGGAGGAUCAUGCACACUUUACCAGGGUAUUUCUCUCAGGGGAGAGUUAAAUGAAAUAUUUUGUUUCAUUAUUUACCCCCCUUACUGAGCAAUAAGAAAUUAUUUUUUCUUGGCCCCUGUGCUUUCACAUGAAAAAUAUCUUUAAUAAUAUUAGCAAGCACAGUAAAUUAUUAACUUUAUAAAAUACAUCUCAGCUAGCUUUGAAAUACUGAGAUGAUGGUUAUUUAAUAUUUCCAUUGGCACAGGCUUCAGACCCCAGGCCUCCUUAACAUUAGCAUUUGUAUAAAUUUCUGAGUACUUAGACGUAUAUGUUCCACGUCAUUGGGGCAUCAGGGUUGAAUACAGCUAAAUUCUCUAAAGCUUGCAGCACAGCUAAACAAGCAAUAGCUUGUAAUAAUAGGGUGGAGCAGGCAGUCACUGUAUAUAAAGGAGUUGUGCCACACUGUUUUUUCCCUUGCUUAAAAUAGCUAAUUCCUGGGAGUCACAAAGUAAAAUCAGCAGAAUAAAGAAAGAUUUAUGUUGAAAAAGUAUUCUUAACUACCUGGUGAUAUGUAGAUAGUUUAUACCUGUCUUUUGAUCCCAUCUGAUGUUUUCUGAUCAAGAUUUGAUCUUAGGAUACAAAGUAAACAAAUCUUGUUAAGUCUUUCCAACAAGUUACAAAGUCAAGUCUGUUUAUAAUUCAUGGAUAUUUCCUGGUAGCUGUACUAAUGAUAUCAACAAGCCUUCUAACAGAGAUAACUCAUACUGAGGAAAAAACCCCAGAAACCUCUUUCUUCAAUAUAGGCUAAACCUGUUCCCCAAACAAUUCCAUACCAGCAAAUAACAAAGCUAAGGCCUUUUCUAGUUGACUAGAGUAAAAAUAAAUUAAAAAAAAAGUCACAGUCCUGACCAAAACAGAUAGGCUAAUUUAACUGUGAAAUCUAGAGUAGACUGUAGGUGAGUCAAGAUUCCUACCCCUUGAUUAGACUUUCAUGUUUUGUUUACAAGAAAAAAAUACUCAUAAGGAAUAAUAAAUCAUAGGAUGGAAAAUGUUUUAGUGUUAUCUUCUGAGCUAGUAUAUAAUAAUAUAGGAUGUGUCCCAUUUCCCAGUUGGUUAAUAUUCAUGUUGCUAACCAGUCCUUUCAUUUUGGGUAAGCUUAUUUCUGCAUGCUAAAAGUAUUAUGUUAUUAAAAGAUAAAAAAAGCAGUAUUUGCUUCUGUAUCCACAUAGUAUAUCAUUUGUGGAAAUGUUUACUUUACUGAUAGCUGUAUCAGCUUUAUUUUGCAAGAUACCUGGCUACUGAUAAUCACUCCUAAGAAGCCAGGUAAUAAAUUGGUAGAUAGUUUACAAUUACACUACGUAGUUCAGAAAAAUGAGUCAUAACAAAAGCAUUUCCCUCUGUUAAAACAGAAUUUUCACUGGAACAGCACCUAAAACUGGAUGCCUUUUUGCCCGUAAUGUGAACAUUGCCUCUCUUGGAAAAAAUGCAUUGUUUAUAUACAAGUUUAUAUAUAAAGGUUUAACUGAUGUUAGACAUAAAAUUAGACCUUUUCUGGCAAAAUUGCAACAAUUGCAAUUGUUUCCUAAGAGCUAUAACUCAUGCCUACUGGAACAUCCUUAAAAAAAUUAAAAACUGGUCAGUAAAAGUUUCUAAUACUACUUUCCUUUUUUUUUAAAUAUUCUUUGAUGAGCUGUAUGCUAUUUAGAUCAGAAAAGUCUAUUAUUUGUAAGGUUUUACUAUUUUUUCAUUUACCUAAGUUCCUGCUAGUGAAUCAUAAUUUGAGUUGACAUUUAUUUACUUCAAGGCCACUGAUUACACUAUCAUAGUAACCGUCACUUGCUAUAAAUACGGUUCAGCCGGCUCACUAAUCUGCUAACUGAGUAAGUUAACAAUUCGAUCCUGCCUUUUGUCUAAGUUCUGCAGAAACUGCAUGUGGUGUUCAUGGUGGUGGUACUCACUGGAUUGCUAACUGAACCAGAUCCUGUUUCUAAUCUUACCUGGGUGUUGUAUUUCAGUAAAUGUUCUAACUGAUCACGUAGCAUUCCCUGCCUCACAAUCAGGAGGAUAUCUUCACAGAACACAGCUAGUUUGUUAAAGAUAGUAUACAUACAUUUUUAUGCAAAAGAAAACAUGUAUUAUGUUUUUAAUAUUUCAGAUGUUCCUGACUUUGACAGAAAUGUGAUAUAGUGCAUAGAGAGUAUUGGGCUCAGACAGAGGAGACCUGGGUUCUGUUAGCUUUGCCUUUCUCCCACUGUGUCACUUCCAUUCUCUAUGCUCUGUUUUGUGAGGUACUUGGAGGUACUGCGAUAAAAAAUAAUUCUAUAGAACAGGCAAAAUACCAUUUUUAUCCUUUUUUCAUAACUAAAUUUUCAUACCGCAAACUAAGUGACUUUCCCAGUAAAGCUCAAUCCAGCUUAGAAGUGAAUAGAAACAUGAUAAAUGCAAAAGCUCUUAUUUCCAUGGACCAGAUUAAUGAGCAAAAGUUUAACAAUAAAUUUCACAGUGAAAAUUAGAAUAAAAACUGUGUUGAAUGUACAUUUACCUGUUAAGUGCUUAACAUUUGAACAGCAAGAUUGUAGUUUGCCUGCAACAUCACACUUGGCAGCAAUAGACAGUCUUAUUCCCCUGCAUGUUGUCGUCUUUUGCCAGCUGAAUUCUCUCAGUUGAAACUCCUUGUCUAGGCUGCUCCUGUAGCGAAGGAGGUAACCUUACUCAGAGCUAAAGCAAGAGACACCCAUGAUAAUUGUUUUAAAAGGCAUUUGCUACAUAGAAAUUCCCAUGUUCUAGCUCAUGAGUUGUGUAAACGCGUGUUCAUUAUGCCAGUUGUUUACUUUCCUGAAGCAGUUGGGAACAGGGACAGAAGAGGAGGAUAUGGGAAAUUCUUAAAGUGUUCAGAGGUGUUACACUUUCCCACUGGGGAUAAAGAGUAAUUCUAUCAUCUACUUUAUUAUGUUUGCAGAACAUUUGAUGUAAAAUACUUAGGAAAACUAGAAUUAACUCAGAGAAUAUAUUCUAUAGAAUUUAUUUCUAAAAUAUUGAAUCUGAUUACUAUUUUUUUAAAAUGGUAGAAAGCUACUGUUAUUUUCAAAACAGAGUCUAGUUCAUUAACAUGUUCCUUGGUAUGAGAAACCUCAACAUUUGCCUUUUCAAUGUUUCCAAAUUUUUUUUAAAUGUUCCUUAAUUUUGCUGUUUUCUGUAAUUGCUGUCCAUGUACAAAUUAUUAAUUGUCCAUUUUCUUCAAGAAGUGUGAAAUCCAAAGCACGAACAUUGUGGAGUGAUGAACAAGUGAGAUCUAGUUGUAAAGAUGUCUUGAGUGAACACACACUUGAGUUCUUCCUAAGUGCUUCCUGUUCACUGUCUCUUCCCACUCCUAAAUCAGAGGCAGCUUUUUAUUUUGUUGCUAAUAAAUGUGCCAGAGUAUUGUUUUCACUUAAGGAGGAAAGUUGUAACAUCCUUGAGAACUUUCUGCUACCCUAAUGGCUGAUACCAAGAAUUUUACUUUUCAUAAGAAUGUCCAAUUCAUGAAGCAUCUGUUUUUGCAGCCUUAGUCUUUUCUUUUUUCUUCCUUCCUCCUUUCAUCUUGGUGUCUGGGAAAGGUCUGUUGUACAGUAAGGCUUUUCAUUAAAAUCGAGCACAAAGGAAACUCUAGUGCCCUCUGUGCUAUCUAUCCUUUAUUUUGCUAAACGAGUUAAUUUUAUUUUUCAGUUAACAGUGUGUAGGUAGAUCGGAACUGUGGUGAAAAAUAGUCCCCGUUGGCUCUGUAUGUGAGAGUCAUGAGGGAACGAUCCCAGUGGGGGCUAUAGCCACUCCCUUUCCAUACACACAAACAGGAGGAAACCUACCCCACAGGCUGCAGAGAUGUGGGAGGGGAUCCUUGUUGACUCCUGAGGCAUGUAGGUCCAAGGGAGGAGUGUCAUUCUUGAUACUGCACAGCCCAGUACAGGAUGAAAAUCCAAGAUUAGGGAAAGCAGAAAACCAUCACCUAGGGGAACAAAAGGUUUCCUUCAAACUACUGUUAGGAUUUUUUUUCUUUUUUUUCUAAUAUAAGUAAUAAAUAAUAAAUUUAAAACACCCUUUUAUUAAAAAAAAAGUGAAGUAGAUCUUAAAAAAGGAAAAGUUAAAAUGUGUGUUGCUCUGCUGCUGUAUAGUUUUUCUGGUUAGGAGGAUACCCACUACACAGAAGGUCCCACUGACUUGAGAACCAUAUUCAUGAUGCUCUGUAUUGCUACUUCUCAAUUGAGAAGAGGAUAGUCCUUCAUCCAGGGCUGGGGCAGGGGACAAAAAAAAAAAAAAAUAUUAUUUAUUUAGUCUAUUUUAAUUUGGAUCUUAGCAAUGACACUUUUAUAAGGUAUUUGAUGAAUGAAUGUCAAAUAGAACCAAGUUAAAAGAAGUUUGCCUCACAUGUAUGUUCUUCUCUAACUGUGCACUUUUCCAACAAGCCAUGAAGAUUGGAUUAGCUUUUCCUCGAUGGACAGGAAAAAUGGUGGAAGAUACAGAUGAACACCACUGUUCUAACACAAGGAUCAAGAUAAUCCUUUGUCUUGAGGCACGGGUGGAUACAGCCUAGAGUGAGGGGAGGAUAGAAAGGGCAAUUUAGAGGAAAAGGAUGAAGACUAGAGGUAGACUGAUGAAGACUUUUUUUUUCUUCUAAAGGACAAAAGAAAACAUUAUAUAUGGGGAAAAAAAAAAAGGAAAAAAGGAAAAUUAAGAUAACCCCAGACCAAGGAUGGAAAGUAUAUGCAUAUUCGCUACAAGCUUGGCCAUGCUAGAUCAUAAUAUUAAUUCUGUUACUUACUGUGGUUUAAAACAAACAUGAACUCAGUGCAACAGGAAAUGUCAUUUUUUCCAUACCAGUUCUAUACAGACAUUAAAUAAAAGACUUAUCCAAAAUCAUGGGGUAAAAACUACAAAGCAAAGCAACACCCUAGAAUCAUGUCUUGUCUUUGCUUAUGUCAACUGCAAAGUCAUGUUCAAUAUCAUUUUACUUAACUCUGCUCCCAGGCACAUAUUUUAAUAGACCUUGUUUCUCAGAUAAUGAGACACUGAAAAAAAAGAAGAAAUAGGUGUCCUUUUUAUUAGCUUUUUAGCUUGGGCUUUUCAACUGAGACUUAGUAUAUUAUGGCAGCUAAUUCUUCUAGGUUUCUCCCAUCUUAACUUUUAAAAGAAGUUCUUAAAAAAUGAACUUUUGGCUUGGAUUAUGGGUGAAAGUCAACCUUGCUGGGAUACUGGGGCAUCACUGUAAAUAACCAGCCAUCCAUUUGUGAGUCUCUGAUACAGAGAUUGAGCAAGAGUUUUCAGCUUCUUGAAAAAACUGCAUCAUGUGUACUGGCAGCUGGUUCUCUUAAAACCAGAAGCAAGCAUGCUGUUUUUUCAAACCAUUUCACACAAAUACCACCACUUCAGUUCUCAAAUAACAAUGCCUAUGUCAACAAUGCUUAAUAACUGGGCCCUUCUUCUAAUUGACUGAUUGUAGGCACUUCUAUGGAAAUACGUCUGAAGUGUAGUUUGUGAAACAUGUUAAAAAAGUGUUUGAUGUAAAAUAAGCGCUAGACAUUUAACAGUGCAGAAAUAGUCAAAAAUCUGUAGAUUACAAAUCCAUUCCUAAGAGCCUCAGCCUGUAAUAUUGUCUUAGUAAAGUCUAUCUUUUAAGUUAAAUUGCAUUCUGGUAUGAUAACCUUUUACAAAUAAAAUUAUUAAUACAAAUGUACUGCUUAAUACCUGUUAACAUAAAACAUGGCAGUUGGUUAUUUUGAUUUGUUUCCAUCUACAGCUAAUAGAUAGGAAUUUUGUAAAAAACACAAAACCAACACUUAGUACAUUUUUUGUUUAAAGUGUUUUCAUUGCUUUAACAAAUACAUGCUAACUUUUACACUGUCUAGUCCAGCCCUGUCUUUUAGAGGUUCAUCUCUGUGUGUGUAUAUAUAUAUUUCCCCAUAAGAAUAUAAAAUUGCUUUCCAAAUUUUUGUUGGCAAGUGGUAAAUAAUACACCACGCAUGGAUUCAAAAGCACUUAAGUUGACGGUCUUUCAGACGUGUAAUCCAUUCAAAUGGGACUAGUAAAAUUGUGGUGUAAUUGCAUCCGUUUGUUUAAAAAUUGUACAUGCCUUCUAACUUUACUAAUUUUUGAGAAAAAUAUUUGUGUUAAGUACUUAACAUUUUCCAUUACAGAUGAUCUUGCAUACUAAAAUUAUGGAGAUCUCAACAGUAAAACAACAUAUUUAAUUGGACUGCUGCUUUUAAACUGUUUGAAGAAGAGAAGGGAAAGAAAGUUCAUCUUAAAAUCUGUACAUGGAAAUAAUUUUAAGCUUCAUAAACUACACAUUUCCUUAAUGUCCUUUCUUUUUGUUAAACAAGUUGUAACAUCAAAGAUGCCAAAGGGUAAUAUAAGCUACAAUAAUAUUCAGCAGAACUUAACCUAGACCUUAUGUUGUAAUAAUUUAUUCAAAUUAACUGUAUUCUUCUGUAUUUAUAUUUUCGGUAUUUAUUAUGAAUGAUAUGGAAUUUGAUGUAUUUAUUGUGGCUUAUUACUGCAGUGUAUAUAUUACAAAAAUGAGCAUUUUCAAGUCUUAACAUUAGGUUUUUUGUUAAUUAGUGGCACUUGUAUCAGCUGUAUUUUUAUUAUAUAUUGUACAAUAUAUAUUGUCCAUUUGUUUGCAAUGAAGUAAAACAGGUUUCUACGUUA